AUGACGACUCUUUUCGACAUUUUGGUUAUUUUGUUCGUUACAGCGAUCGCCAAAGCAUAUGCCGACAAAGGCCCCUUUAUUCAAAAUACCGCCUUCGACUCCGGCGAGUACGGCCAAUUCGUUCCCGAAACAUACCUGUCAUCAUCAGCCUCUGCUCCACGCACAAACGUAUUCUACGAACAAACACCCGGGUAUUGCAGCCGGGACGAUGGACUGCUAGUCAUGCUCACGCCGCGGGGGUUCGCUGUGCCCGCGCCGGCCCCCAUGAUCCUCGACAGACACGGCCAACUUGUCUGGACAGAUCCAAAAUAUGCACAGCCGUAUAAUUUGCAGGUGCAGAGGUAUCGCGACGAGGAGUUUUUAACUUUUUGGGCUGGGGACGAUGGAGUUAAAGGCCAUGGAGCGGGUGUAUAUUAUAUGUUAGAUUCAACAUACACGGAACGAUACAAAAUCAGCGCCGGCAACAACCUCGACGGCGACCUGCACGAGUUCCGAAUCACCAAAAACCAAACGGCCCUGAUCACAGUGUACCAAAUCAUAUCGGCCGAUUUGACGUCGGUCGGAAAAUCCGCCCAAGGUUGGAUCUGGGACGGACUAUUUCAAGAGAUUGAUCUGGAAACCAACAGGGUCCUCUUCCAAUGGCGGGCAUCGGACCAUAUCGCAUUCACCGAGUCGAACUGGGGCCCUGGGACGCUGGGGGACACGCGCGACGACGCCUGGGACUGGUUCCACAUCAACAGCGUGGACAAGGACAGUCGGGGCAAUUAUCUCGUGUCGUCGCGCUGGCUUCACGCAGUUUUGUAUGUCGACGGUACUACCGGGGAAGUAUUGUGGACGUUGGGCGGUAAAAGCAAUAACUUUGUUGACCUUUCUGGUGGCCACGCUACAAAUUUUGCGUCCCAGCACCAUGCGCGCUGGCACGAUGACGAAUCGUCAAUCACGCUAUUUGACAAUUCGAGUCCUGGUCCAGGCCAACCCAGUGCGGGUGUCUGGCUUGAUUUGCAAUUUCAGGAUGGCGAUAACAAACUCAAACCGGCAAAUGUGACUCUGCGCCAUCGAUAUCUCUCUCGCACGGAAGUGGUUUCGGAUUCCCAGGGGUCAAUGCAGACUUUGCCCAGCGGCAACGUUUUGGUCGGGUAUGGCAUGAACGCGCAGUAUGCCGAGUUCAGCCACGACGGGAAGCUGGUGUGUGAAGUCCAUUUCGCGCCCUCGGAAGGGUUUGGGACUGCUUCGGUCCAGUCUUACCGUGUGAUGAAAUUCGCUUGGGUGGGGUAUCCGAACACGAGGCCGGAUAUUGAUCAGACUGAUGGGAUGCUGUAUGUCAGUUGGAAUGGCGCUACUGAAGUCCGGUACUGGUUGGUGGAAGAGACGGAUACUGAAACUGAUGACCAAAAUGAUGAUGGUGAGGAGGAGGAGGAUGCUCGGUCGUUCCGCGAAGUCCGACGUGUCGAGAAAAAUGGAUUCGAAACUAUCGUGUCGACAGCGGGCGUCAAAAAAGCAUUUGUUCGAGCAGUCGCCCUUGAUAAGCAAGGGAAUGUGCUGGGCAAAAGUCGAAUUGUUCCGCGAGGCGAGUUGAGAUUGGAUCAGGAGGAGUCUGACUCUGAUUCUCAGUCGAUUACAGAAGAUCAAAAAGAUGAGGGGAAACAACAACAAUCGGAGGAAAUGAGCAGUGGCGUUACGCAACGUCUGGCUGUCGGGGCGAUGGCGCUGGUUGCUGUGUCGGCGUCCAUUUGGGUUGGAUUGUGUGCUUUCGUCGGGGUCAGGUACCUUGCGAGGCAAUAUAGAUUCAAUUUGCUACCGGUACGCUGGACGUACCAGGAGGUGCAGAUGGCUGAAACUGAAAAUAAUGAUGAUAUGAUGGUUUAA